AAGUGCAUUCUUUAAAUCUUCUUUGACUAUGUGUUAUAAGGAGGCAUGUGAAAGGUUACAGAAACGAAACCGUGAGAAAAGAAAUGCGCCCAAUACACGCUGGAAGCCUGUUGAUAUUGAUUUUGAGAAAUUUAACAUUGAAGAUUGCUGUUUGCUUGAGGAAUUGGAAACAGACGGGGCUUCUUCGAAUCAAUCGGAUACACCACUACAAGAAAACGACCCUUUGAAACAAAACGCUAAGCGUACGAAGUUUAGAUCAAAAAAGUUAAAACAUGAGACUUUGAAUCAGUGGAGCGACAAUGAAAAGCGGAUUAAAACCAAAUCCAUUAUAAAAGACAGAAUUGCAACAGAAUUAUCUUUAACAUCAUCUUCAAUUCAGGAAACAAAAAAAAAGUCAUUUGAUUCUCUUUUUAAUCAACAACCUUUAUUAAAAGAGGUUAAUGAUACUAUGUCAUCUUGGUUGAUGGUUUUACCAACAAUUCCUUCUUUGAUAAUAAAAGCCUUAUACGAACAAGGCUUCAAGUCACCAACACCCAUUCAAUCGAGAGUCUUAGUCAACGCAGUUCGGAAGUAUCAUGAUAUUGUUGGAGCAGCGCAAACGGGUUCUGGUAAAACUUUGGCGUUUGGUCUUCCUAUUUUAAUACAUCUCGUUGAAAGUUACACUGCGCGUUUGACUCACGCAAAAUCGUUGCCAGAAAACUUUGACACGUUGAUUGUCGUUCCAAGUCGCGAGUUAGCAACGCAAGUAUUUCACCACCUUAAUGCAAUCAAUACUUUCUUACCUUUUAAGAUUGUCUGUCUUAUUGGAGGCAUUUCGUGGCAAAAGCAAUGGCGACAAUUGGAAACUUUAAAACCUCAGAUUGUGGUAGGAACGCCUGGACGAUUAUGUGUACUAUCCGGAAGCUAUCGGUAUGCGGGUGCAAAGGAACACACAUCUCAUCAUGAAGGCAAUAAUGUUCCAGUCUCUCCUUUUCUAGCCGAAAUGAGUGACGUUCGUCAUCUUGUUCUUGACGAAGCCGACCGUGUGGUAGAAGACGGUCAUUUUCAAGAGUUGACGUAUAUCUUACAACAUCUUUACGACUCUUUAAAAAACCGACAUGACCGUCUUCAAACCUUUAUUUUUUCAGCAACAUUAUCUGUUGGGAGCUUUAGGAAUGAAACGCAGAGGUCUGAGCUGGUCUCCAAAAGCGAUGACACUUACCAAAAUUCUUUUUUGCUGUCGGAAGCGUUCCGAAAUCGUAUAAAGUUAAAGCAAAAGGCACUUACAGUCAUCGAUUUGACCCUUUCCAAUUGUAAUGCUUUCACGACUCCAACGUGCAACUCUUCGAAUAGACAAUGCUUACCUUCGAAAAUUGGCUUUAGUGCCAUUCGUUGCUUAGAAGAUGAGAGGGAAUUCCAACUCUAUUUAUUUCUGACACAUUUUAUACGGGAAAAAAAAAUGCAAUGCAAAAUCAUUGUUUUCGUUAAUGCUAUAAGUUAUGUGUAUCGAUUGGUAUCUUUAAUGUCUUUGCUCUUUGGAAGCCAUCCUGCUUUUAUGUUCCAUCCCACUACGCAUUAUUCGGAUAAAAAUCACGCAACACACCAUUCAGCCGUUCCUCAUGACACUCAAUGCAACAGUGAAGGUACUCGUGUCUUAAUGGAGUUUCUUAACAGCAAAUUCAAGAGUCGAUCCAGUGAAACUUCAUUUGAAGAAUUUCAUCCCGGUGGACUCUUACGCAAGAAACAUGUUGCAGAUAAAAAGUCUUCCUCACACUCCUUGGUAUCCGUUUUAGGACUUCAUUCUAGAGUUAAGCAAGGGGAUCGUUUGAAACGUUUUGAGAAGUUUCAAGCAAACCUUUCAACUAGCAUAUUGUUUUGUACUGAUGUUGCAGCUCGAGGUUUAGAUAUACCUAACGUUGAUAUGAUCGUUCAUUUGCAACUUCCGAGAUCCUUCUCGUUAUUUGUGCAUCGUUCAGGACGUACAGCAAGAGCUAAACAAUCCGGGCAGUGCUGCUGCUUUUGUGUUCAUCAAGAGUCACAAGAAUGGGGUCGCAUUUUUGAUACCAUGGGCUUGAGUCUGGAUCGAGUAAAGCCACCUUCCUGUCUUGAAGGAAUCGUACCUACAGCACGAAAUGAAUAUAAAGCGCGUUUUGAUCUGGCUACGAAAAUUGACCAACUGUAUCGCAAGCUUCACAAGGUAUCGAGUGACACCCAGUGGUUCAAGUCGGCAUCUUCUAAGGCAGACAUUAUAAAUGAUGAUGUCAUUGAAAUUCAAAACGAUCAAGGGCGGUUGAACAAGGCGAGUAAAACAUUAGCUAGACAUUGCGCUUCGUUGAAGAAACUGUUGUCAUCUUCACUUUAACAAUAUGAAACUUAUUUAAAGAUCUAAGAAAAACCUAGUUGGUUGUAAUGUGCUCCAUACC